AGGAAACGGUGCCGCCCGGGCCCCGCUCUGUGGGAGGGCAGGGGAGCGAGCGGGAGAGAGACCGGCAGGGAAGCAUCGUCUUCCUCCUCUCUGCCACCCGGGGCCCUGCCGCGGGGCCGCGCUCCGUGAGGGCACCGGCCGGGAGUCAGGAGCGGGGCAGCCCCCUCCGCUCGCUACAUCCGCCCCGUCCUCCGAGGCGGGAGCGCCCUCGGCGGGCAGCGGAGCGACCGCUUCCCCCCUGCCCGGCGCGCAGCCGCUGCCCACUUCCAGCGGGAGCCGUGAUCCCUCUUCUCCUCAGGCUCCGUCCUCCGCCCCGCCCGCCGCCGCCGAGCCGCCCGUCCCGCGGAGGGAGCCCGGCACUUGUUGCUGACGCGAUGGUCACCGGCCCGGCCGAGUAGGCAGCGACCGCCGAGCCCGUCGCGGGAGAGGACCGCUGCGGCUGGCGUCGAGGGCCCGGCCCCUUUGGGGGGGCUCCGGGGGGGGAUCUCGGGGUGUUGUUUUCCUCUCGGCGCCUGGCGGUGACGGCUUCCCGGACGGCGUGAGGACUUUCCUCGGCCCUCGUGGGGAUCGCGGCCGGCAGGACCGCCCGCCUGCCCCGGACGGUCACGGCGGGCUGAGGGGGCACCGCCAGUCGCCGCCCGCCCCCUCCCUCCGCCUGGGCGCCUGGAGGCUGGCCUCCCUCGGCAGGAGGAAAAAUGUCCUUCUUCAACUUUCGUAAGAUCUUCAAGCUGGGCGGUGAGAAGAAGAAGAAACAAUACGAGCACGUCAAGAGGGAUUUGAACCCUGAGGAGUUCUGGGAAAUUAUAGGAGAGCUGGGAGAUGGUGCUUUUGGUAAAGUGUUCAAGGCUCAAAACAAAGAAACAAAAGUACUGGCUGCUGCAAAGGUGAUUGAUACUAAAUCGGAAGAAGAACUUGAAGAUUACAUGGUUGAGAUUGAUAUUUUAGCAUCCUGUGAUCAUCCUAAUAUUGUUAAGCUCCUAGAUGCUUUCUACUAUGAAAACAAUCUGUGGAUCCUGAUCGAAUUUUGUGCAGGUGGAGCAGUAGAUGCAGUAAUGUUGGAGCUUGAAAGGCCAUUAACAGAGCCACAGAUCAAAGUGGUAUGCAGGCAGACACUGGAAGCAUUGAACUACUUGCAUGAAAAUAAGAUCAUCCACAGAGAUCUGAAAGCUGGCAAUAUUCUUUUCACAUUAGAUGGAGACAUUAAACUAGCGGAUUUUGGAGUAUCAGCUAAAAACACAAGAACAAUACAAAGAAGAGAUUCUUUUAUUGGUACACCAUAUUGGAUGGCUCCAGAAGUAGUAAUGUGCGAGACCUCUAAAGACAGGCCUUACGAUUACAAAGCUGAUAUUUGGUCUCUUGGCAUUACUUUAAUAGAAAUGGCUCAAAUAGAGCCACCUCAUCAUGAAUUAAAUCCAAUGCGAGUGCUUCUGAAAAUAGCAAAAUCUGAUCCGCCUACAUUAGCACAGCCUUCAAAAUGGUCAUCAGAUUUUAAAGAUUUUCUGAAGAAAUGUUUGGAAAAGAAUGUAGAUGCAAGGUGGAGUGCAACUCAACUUCUACAGCAUCCAUUUGUUACUGUUACUUCCAAUAAACCAAUAAGAGAAUUGAUUGCAGAAGCUAAGGCUGAAGUUACAGAAGAAGUUGAAGACGGUAAAGAUGAGGAUGAAGAAGAAGAAACAGAAAAUUCCCUGCAGUUACCCGCAGAGAAGCGUGCAUCCUCUGACCUUAGUAUUGCCAGCUCUGAAGAGGAUAAACUUUCACAGAAUGCCUCUGUUCUGGAAUCUCUUUCUGAGAAAACAGAAAGUAAUGCAAUUGAGGACAAAGCCAGCACUAUGUUUCCAGAUGACAAAACAACUGGAGAUGAAUCUGAGGACAUUAAAUUUAGGAAAACAGCUGAUAACAUAUGCAGUACUACUGUUGGUGAUGUGAAAGUGCAGAAUGGUUCUGUGCCAACUGGUGAAGAUGAGCAAGGCAAAAUAGCGCCAGCUGAAAAGAAUACAGAAAGCCUGGAAAAAACACAUGAAGAUACAGAACCCCAGAAAGGAGGGAAAGAACUUGAUGUGGUAACAAAAUCAGAAAUAAAGGAUGAACCCAACCUAAAAACAGAGAAAGAAAAUGACAUGGGAAAUGAACAGACAGAAGAUAAUAAACUGAAAAUAGUACCUACAACUGAAAAUAGUGUACAAACCAAAGAAGCCAUUUCUAAGGAAACUGGUGAAAAAGAAGAGAAGAGAACAGUUCUCUCAGAAAGUAAGGAAGAAAAGGUCCCUGCAGAAAAUACUAUAGAGCAAAAGGAAGAUAAAGAUGACGCUCAGAAAGAUGCAAUAAUAGACACUACUACAGAAACUCUACCUAAUGCUGCAGAUAAAGUGGCUGAUGAAGAAAAGGAACUAAUAAAGCAUGGAAUUGACAACAUUAAGGAGAUAGGUGGUAUUGCUGAAACACAGAUCAGUGAUGGGGAUAAAAUACCUGAGACGGAGGAUAAGCCAGUGGAAAGUCAGGCUAAGCAGGUCCAUGAGAUAAUCAGCUCUGAAGAAACUCUAUCGGAAAGCCAAGAUAAAGUGAUCAAAGUAGACAAGAAACUGGCAGAAAGUGAAAAUGAGGAUAUUAGUGAUAUAAGCAGCAUGGAGGAAACAGAGAUCAAAGACUCUGGAAAAGAAGACAUAGACCAGAAGGCAAUACAGAGCAAGCCUGAGGAUAUUUCUAAUAAAGCGGUGGAUAAACUGACUGAUAUGGACCAAAAUUCAGAAGAGUGCAGACCUGAGAAUAUCCAGGAAAACAGUACUCGGAUAGAUAAAGAACAUUCAGACGUUACUUCUGAUGAAAUAAUGAAGAAUAAGCUUCAAGAUGUUGUCAAUGAACAAGCUGACAACUCUGAAGUUACUGCAGUCCCCAGUAUUAGUAUUAGCACUGAAGAAAAUGAGGAGAAAGUCAAAACAGAUAAUCAAGACAAUACUGAAACUUUACAGCAGCUAGAAUCGGAGAAUUUGAAAGAAAAUGAUACAGAUUCAGGCACUGGUUCUACGGCUGAUAACAGCAGCAUUGAUUUGAACUUGUCAAUUUCCAGUUUCCUUAGUAAAAACAAAGAGACAGGAUCAAUAUCUUUACAGGAAACUAGAAGACAGAAGAAAACUUUAAAGAAAACUCGGAAGUUUGUUGUUGAUGGAGUAGAAGUGAGUGUAACCACAUCAAAAAUAGUUACUGAAAAUGACUCGAAGAGUGAAGAAAUGCGAUUUCUACGACGUCAAGAGCUAAGAGAGCUAAGACUUCUUCAGAAAGAGGAGCAGAGAGCCCAACAGCAACUCAGUAAUAAGCUUUUGCAACAGAGAGAACAGAUGUACAGACGUUUUGAACAGGAAAUGACAAGUAAAAAGCGACAGUAUGAUCAAGAAAUAGAAAAUCUAGAAAAACAGCAGAAACAGACAAUAGAGCGCUUGGAACAGGAACACACAAAUCGUUUACGAGAUGAAGCAAAACGGAUCAAAGCAGAACAGGAGAAGGAAUUGUCCAAAUUCCAGAACAUGCUGAAGAACAAAAAAAAGGAGGUUUUAUGUGAAGUGGAGAAAGCACCCAAAGAGCUGAGAAAAGAGCUCAUGAAACGCAAGAAAGAGGAGCUUGCACAAAGCCAGCAUGCUCAGGAGCAGGAAUUUGUGCAGAAGCAGCAACAAGAACUGGAUGCAUCUCUGAAGAAAAUUAUUCAGCAGCAGAAGACAGAACUAGCCACUAUUGAACGAGAUUGCCUCAACAACAAACAGCAGCUCAUGAGAGCUCGCGAAGCUGCAAUCUGGGAGCUAGAAGAGCGACAUCUACAAGAGAAACACCAGCUCCUCAAACAGCAACUCAAAGAUCAGUACUUCAUGCAGAGACACCAGCUGCUUAAGAGGCAUGAAAAAGAAACAGAACAAAUGCAGAGAUAUAAUCAACGCCUUAUCGAGGAGUUAAAGAACAAGCAAACUCAGGAGAGAGCGAGACUGCCUAAAAUCCAGCGAAGUGAGGCCAAGACUCGAAUGGCUAUGUUUAAGAAAAGUUUGAGAAUCAAUUCAUUAGCCUCUCCAGACCAAGAUCGUGAAAAAAUUAAGCAGUUUGCUAUUCAAGAAGAAAAGAGACAGAAGAAUGAGAGACUGGCUCAGCAUCAGAAACAUGAAAACCAAAUGCGAGACCUUCAGUUGCAGUGUGAAGCAAACAUCAGAGAACUGCAUCAGUUACAGAAUGAAAAAUGCCAUCUACUGGUUGAGCAUGAAACUCAGAAGCUAAAAGAGCUAGAUGAAGAGCACAGCCAAGAACUGAAGGAAUGGAGAGAGAAAUUGAGACCAAGAAAAAAGACGCUGGAAGAAGAAUUUGCCAGAAAACUGCAGGAACAGGAAGUUUUCUUUAAAAUGACUGGAGAAUCCGAAUGCCUUAACCCUUCAACACAAAGCCGGAUUUCCAAAUUCUAUCCAAUCCCCAGCCUUCACUCCACUGGGUCAUAACUCUGGGAACUGCUGUAGGUUUUUUCAUAUUUGGAAUUCUCCAUCCUCAUUGUCUAACCUGACUUAAUCUGCAGUGUACAUCAAAGGACCUAGCGCUUUUUGUUUUCAGUGGAGACAAUCAGUGUCAUGAUCAGUUUCUUAACUUCUCUGAAUGGAAGAGAAGAAAAAAAAAAGUGUUGGUGUAUAAUGGUAAUGUUAUGUCCUUCAGCUGUUUCAAGAAUAAGUGGUUUUUUUAUCUCAGUCUCAAAAAGUAUGUUAUCUAUGGUUUUGACUUUAAGCCUAAAAUAUUAAUUAUACUCUUUCCGAACACAAAAAAAUGGUUUCUCAUGUGAACAUUUAAACAGUGUAAUAUUAGUUCUGCUACUGUGUGUUUAAGUGUCUGAUUUCUCCACGAGAGAAUUCCACAACUGAAACUGCCGUGAGAGGUUUAAAAUUUUAUAAUGUUGAGCAGUGUCUUCAUAGCAAGGACUGAAACUAAUUACUCAGAACAUGCCAAUAAUCAGAAAAAUAAACCCUUAAGUUUAAACACGAUUGGCAAACGCAAAAGCCUUUGCAACUUCUUUAAAAAGAAACCUCUGGCAUAAAUUAAACUGAGCAGAUCUCCAUGACGUAUUUUGUCCAUUAGUUCCAUAAUGAAAUGGGGUGCUAGUUUAAUUAAUACAGUGCCUGAAACACUUAGGUAUGCUAGUCCUGGCAACAGGAUAGUAUUUUGUCAUUUAAAAAAACAAAACUCCUGAGCAUUGUUGUUACUGUACAAAACAGAAGAUUUCUUGCUGCUACUGCCAUUUUUGUUGUAAAUCCUCACCCUAAAAUAUUUUGCACUAAAAUAUGUAAAGGUGAAAGAAAUGCUAACUUUAAAAUGCACAGUUUAUUAUUUUUCUUAGCUAUUACAUGUGGUUAGUUCUACAAAUUGAAAAACUGUAGAAUGUAUUUUUUAGAAAGCGGUGUGCAAAAUGCACGUGGUUUCUCUAACUGUACCUGGAAUGGGUAGAGCCAUUUUUCUGUUCUUACCAAAGCCUGUUCAUUUAAACUCCAUCGGAAAAGUGGAGGUGGAUGGUCAUAUUUAUAAAUAACCAUGGCUAAAGUCUGAUUUGAUUAGAAGUGUUAGAUUUGAUUUUUUUAUUUUAGUCAUUUUAUUUUAGAGAAAGAUUUAAGUUAAAUAUAUAGACAAACUACUUUAUGAAGCUGGGUUUUUUGCUUUUGUGUUGCCAUGUACUAACAUAGCCUGUUUUUAUUUUUCAAGUUCAUAGAUGUACAAUAAGUUAUUUACCUGACUGAUCUGCAGUGGAAAAAAUCUGAAAUGUUUCUCAUAUAGCCGGUAGGGAAAUACAACUGUAUUAGGUCACUCUUACUGCACUCUUUUUGGUGGUUAGAGUUUGAGUCAUAUCAAGACAGUAUUAUAAGCUGUACUUUGGUAUGCUGGAGUUCAGUUUGUAAAAUAGUAUUUGCUUUCUGUCAUUUGAGGCCUGACUUUCUAGUCUCUUUGGGUAUCAACUGUAAACAUUGCAUUAAAUGUGCGACUGGUGACCAUUACAUGAUGUUCAUUUCAUGGGAACAGUAUUGAUGCAUGUGAAUGAACUCAUAAAUUAACAUAGGACUUUAAUCAGAUGUGGUUGAAAUCUUGGAUGCUGAAAUCCUUGGACGUUGAACCGAUACCUUCUCAAUGAAGACACUUAAUUUACAACACAGUAAAAAAAAAAAAUUGAAAAUGCAUGUUUUAAUUUAAAUUUUGUAACUUUUUGAUAGCAUAAUUACUUUAAUAGCUAGCCUUAAUUUCCGGCAUUUUAUUAUAUAAAUGUGUAUUGUGUACUGUUGUAAAUUCACAUACCAUAUCUCUAGAAUGUUAUCUGUUGCUGAAUGCAAAGUUCUUUAAAUUGUUUAUUCAGUAGGGUGAAAAAUGUCUUUGAAGGCCUUUUACUUUUUAAGCUCCACCAUCAUAAAUUGACUGUUACUAAAAUAACAUUAAAUAAUCUUCAUCUCUGUAUUUAACAGAAUUUGUUUGCAAUUUCGUAUGAAGUAGGCUCCAUGCUUUACUCGGGGAGUAGACAGAGCAGGCAGUUUUGCCCUUCUGGAUUUUCUCUACCUUCAUCCACAUUAAAUCCUCAGAGGGAAAUGUUAAUCUUCUCCUUACAUUUUUUGGCAGUUUCAGUGAUAACUUGCUAAUAUAUAUUGGCAUACUGUUUACUUCUGUCUAAAUCUUUUAAAUCUUUUAUUUGAAGUUCCUUUUCACACAAGCCCCUGCAAUCUGAUGUCAUUGUACUUGUACGAGUAAGUAACUGACUUCUGUGAUGAAGGGAGGGAUUGAAUGCAGCGAUUGAAGCCUUAGCGGGUGCUUGGUCAGGUCUCCAGGUGUGGAGUGCUGUUAAGCAGUUGCAGCCUUGUGAACUGUGCUGAGAAUUGAUAUCGAGCGUGAAAAUGUGUUUUUCUGGGGACUAACAGGAACUAGCAUGGGUACUUACACAUUUAGGCUGAUAAAAUUGGUUUUAAGUAUUGCAGAACAUGAAGGAGCUGUACAAUAUUAUAUUAAUUUCAGAAAAUUCAAUUCAAAUUAAUUUAGUCUCACAUAGGCCUAGAAGAGAUCUCCUGAGAUAUAAAAUCCAAUCUCUCUACUAUCACAUGUCACCUUCCUUUAAUAAAUGUUAGAAGCUCCAUCUCCAGGGUAGUUAGGUGUAUUUUCCUUAGCCAAAACGAUGUACUUUCUUACUGAGUGUUUGGCAGAUCUCAUUUUCCCCACAUGCCCUUCAAAAGAUGACCACAAAUCAGUAUUUGCUCACCUCUGUGUUUUAGUACAUCGUAAAUACAGUCCACAGGAAAAUGAACAAAGGCAAUAAAAUGCAUGAAUCACAGUGCAAUACAUUGGUUGUCCUCUUGUAUUAACAACUGAUUCUCACAAAAAACCUGCCUGCAGGCCCACAGCCUCCGACCGAUUCAGAUCUUGCAACUUGUUCUUCCUGAGCUCUGAAAGCAGAUUUCAGCGCCUGCUGGGUCAGCUUUCUUGGCACAGGGGCCUUGAAAUACAGGAGCCAGUGGCUCUACUGGCAUCCUAAACAGUUACUGGAACUCAGCUAUUUGCAGGAUCUUGUAGUCCUCUGCUAAUGCAAUGCUGCCGGUAGCCCAGGGGGAUCUUUGGCUAACCAAACCUCAGGUGGUCUUGCUGCCCCUGUUCUUAAGAGGUUCUGCAUCGUGAAUAAAUUCUGUAUCUUGCCUGCACGGCUCUGUCUAAGGAGAGGUUACCAGCCGGGGAGGAAACAGGCUGUGUCCAGCCCUUGGCCUCCUGAAGUCCCAGGGGAGCUUCGCUGUUUACUUCGGUGAAGCGGAAAUACUCCAGCAUUUGUUCCUCUCCGAUUCCCAUAAAACAAAUUUGUUUCUUUUUCCAAGUACUCUGCUCACUCUCCUGAAUACUUGAGAAGCAUGUAGAGCAUGAAAAGAUACGAUAUUGAGGUUGUUAUUCUUAUGAUUGAUUAGAUAGAUCCUGAUUUAUUAACAUCUUUUAUAGGAAAACCUUUGAUUGAAUUGACACCUGAAUUCAAAUUCAGAGGGGGCAGUACUGCACUGUCCUGACCAGUGGCAUUCACUCAAAGUGAUUUUUCACAUCACUUUUAAAAUACUGAUAUUCAUUUUGAGCUGCAUCCUUUUUUUCAAACAAUAUUUUAAGCUAAUAUCCUCUUAAAAUUACAUUCACGGGUAGUCAAUAUCUAAUCAAUCAUGUGGUUAAAAAAAUUCUUCUGUCCCAGAGGCUUGUCUCUAUUAUAACUCCAUGCUACUGAAAUUUUUUUCUUAAUAAAUACAAAACGUAGCACCUUAACUAAGAGCCAAGCAAAGCAGUAACGUAAUUACUUUCAUCACACCACAAUGUCCUUAUAACAGCAGUAUCGUGUAGGAAGUUUAAGCCGAUUCUCCACCUGAAACAGUAUCUGUCUUGCAAGUAUUUCAAGGAUACUUUGGUAUGGGAAAGAUUUGAAUAAGGUUUUUUAAAUUCAGGCACUUAAAUCCACUUUUCAGGUAGCCCGAUUAUCUGAGCUGCUGUAUAGCUGCAGCUCCUAUGACCUCAGAAAUGCUCAUCUUCGCUGAAAACCAGGGAACAGACUAAAAUGUGCAUAUAAGCUCACUGCUAGUUGCUUCCGCUGAGCUACUGCUUUUUGGUUAAUCUGCCAUGGGGAAGAAGUGGGGCAAGUUUUUGAGGACAGUGACUAAUGGUCAUUGGAGGGAAGGGCAGGGAGGAGUGUUUGGGAUCAUCCCUAUGUAGAUAACUUUCUGCUUUUUAUGUUGGCAUUUACAAUCUGGUCAUUUUACUUCAAAAUCUGUAUUUCUGGAUCUCAGAAACUUCCUUGCGUUGAUGUGUCCAUACACAUUUCCUAUUCCCAGACUUCUGCCAUCUUCACAGCAGAUAUGAAACAAGGUCAGAGAGAAUUACCUUCCUCAUUCACAGGCAAGCCAAGGCCUGGAUGCCCUGUUGUUUCUCAGUCUUACAAAAGAUAAGAACAGAUAAAGGGAAGGAGAAAACAAAAGAAACUUUACAGUGUUUCUCUAUAUUGCUUGCAGAGCUUUUAGUUGUUCUCCAUCCCCUUUCUCUUGUCUCAAUCCUCAUACUUCAUUUCUGUAGCUACUUCUGUGCUUCUGGCAUUAGGGCAGUCAGUGGUGCCAGAGAAAGAAGACAACCUCUUAAAUAAGAACAUGCUCAAAACCAGCUCAUGGAUAAAAACUUAUGUGCUUCCACUACACUGAAAGCAGAAGGGAGUGGCUGAGCCCAAAGAUGCUUUAAUUUACCAAAAUUUCUUCUGCAGUUACCAAGCUAGGUGGUAAAGCCUCUUUCUUACUGAUUAUCAAUGCUAAAAUAGUGGAAAGAACAGAAACUAGAAAGGGACAUGGAGUGAAAUCUGUGAUGUUGAACUGUCACACCCCUGUUCUCUGUAAGAAAGCCAAGCAGAGCGGUCUUCUGUGGUAAAGCAUACACAUCUGAGGCAUCUCCAACCUCGUGUUGUCCCAGCAGUUUGUUGAAUGUUUUGUGUUAACUGCAAACCAAGUUAUUUUUGCCUUACAGAAAGCAACCAAAAAUCAUGAGAUGGAUGAAUACUUGGCUAAGGGUCUCUGUAUAUACAGCUCAUGGAAGUGAACUUGCAGUAGCAGCCAUACAACGUGGGGCGGGGGGGGAGUUGUCUUGUUUUUAAAAGUAAUUUGAUUUCACAGCUUUCUGUAGAAUAUUGUAAUAAUUCUGCUGUAAAUACAAUAAAAUCACAGUUUGCUGA